AUGUGCGGUUUUAAAAAAAAAUUUAAUCUAUCUAUCUAUCUAUCUAUCUAUCUAUCUAUCUAUCUAUCUAUCUAUCUAUCUAUCUAUGUGUGUCUGUCUUUUCACUCAUAUCUUUGCAAUAUCUAUUUCCAAACAGAUUUACAUAUCCGCCAAUUUCAGUACCUUCUGCUUUUUCUUUUACAUUUUUCUUGUAAUUUUUCUUUAUCAUCAUCAUCGUCAUCACGAUCAUCAUCUUAUUAUUAUUCGAACUCUUUAAUUUCUUCUUCUUCUUCUUCUUCUUCUUCUUCUUCUUCUUCUUCUUCUUCUUCUUCUGCUGUUAACGUGUUUACUUUUUUCUUCAUUAUAUUCGUCUUUUUUCUUAGCCGUCAGUUUAGUACCACCUGCUUUUUCUUUUACAUUUUUCUUCUAAUUUUUCUGCUUCAUCAUCAUCAUCACCACCACCACCAUCAUCAUCAUCAUCCUAUUAUUCAAACUCUUCGAUUUCUUUUUUCUGCUUCUCCUUGUAAGAAUAAUAAUUAUUAUACCUUUCUAUUUCCUUUUCCUUUUUUAUAUUUUCAUCUUUUUCAUCUAUUUUUUCUUCUACAUUAUAUUUAUGUCCACACUUGUCAUCAUCAGCGUCGUCACCAUCAUUAUUUCUUCUUCUUCUUCUUCUUCUUCUUCUUCUUCUUCUUCUUUAUGUUCUAUUUUUCCAUCCACUUUUUCUUCUUUUUCUAUUCCUCCUCCUCUUUUCUUCUUCUUCCACCGUCUUCCUUCUUCAUUUUGCCUUUCUUAAUAUCCUGCUUCGUAUCUCACGCCUCCACUUUCAUUGUCUCCCUAUUGUAA